AUGACCGAUACCACCACGGCCUCAGGACAAGCAGAUCCGUAUGCAAGCACGGUAUCCUCGCCAGCGACGUCAGACGUGCCAGGAGGGACGGUGGGUACUCCGAGACGAUUCAUCCGAUCGCUGACAUCCAGGAAGUCGUUCAACGUCGCAUCGGACCCGUCUCUUGUGCCCACGCCCCUCACCAUUAGAAAGCAAGCCCGAAACAUCUCAGGCCCUGCAUCCCUCCCGAGCAGCGACAAUGCCACCCCCAAGGCCCAUCAGAACGAGCGCCAUGGUCAUGGCCACACCAAGCCGGAACCUGGGACCAACAGCAGCAGCAGCACUCCAGGCGGUAUCUGUCACCACUUCCGCAACCGACCCCGCUCGCACCAGCACGCGAUCCUUGCCGCCGUGACCAGAAUGGUCGACAACGGCGAGGCCGAAGUGGCUGAGAUUGCGGGGGUUUUGGAUAUGGAGCCGAGCGAGCUGGUCCAGUACAUGGCGGAUUUCGAGGCGUUGGCUCGAGAGGCUCCAAGCGUGGUGGACGAAGAGAUCACGGCGUUCUAUUCGUCGAUUCCUGCCACAGUGCUGAGCGAGAGCGAGGUGGACGAGCUCUGCGGCGGCACGCCUCUGAGAUGUGUCGAAACGAACGAAACUGGCGUUGUCGCUUUGACAGGGAAAGAGACAGAGACAGAGCCGGCCACGCACGAGAGGGACGACCUAUCGGAUGACGGGUCCGAGAGCACCAUCCGCGCGAGGCGUUUAUCCUGGGUAAGUAGCGACGAUGACGACGACGACGACGACGGCGCCGAAUUAUACUACGACGCACAGGAAUAUCCCGACGAGAGCCCAAGUCCAAGCUGCGUGCCUCUACCACUCUACACUGUUCUAUGGAGCAGUAGCGACCACGACCACGCUGACAGAACCAUCCACUCCCACUACCUGACACCAGGCCGCCAGGUACUUGAACUUCAACGCCGUCGACCCCCCAUUCCUAACACCAGCACCACCACUACCGCAAUCGUCUUCUCCAUCGCCCUACCCCUUCCAGACCCAGCACCACCUCCUCCAGCUCCACCACCGCCACCGCAGAACUCGCUCCUCCAGAGAAUCAUCUCCAAGGUCCCGAACAUCGUGUGGAUGGGUCUGGCCGUGCUGGUCGGGCGAUUUCUGGGCGUUGCGCUGUCCGAGGCGACUUCGCCGCAUCAUGGAUAUGGGUACUUGCACUCGUGUUACUAG